UUUCUCUUUCUCUUUCUCUCUCCAAAUAUAAGUACACAAAAGAGCCACCGCCCUCAUCCACCGGUAGCAGUGACGACAUCCACAUCAAAACAUAGGCCCCUCUCAUCCACCUUUCGACUAAUCGAGAGCGAAGAACGAGGUCUCUCUUUGAAGCCCCUUUUAAAGCAGCACUCUGCCUCUUCUUCUAUGGACCGGGACCAGUCUCCCCUCUCUCACCCUCCCCUAGAAACCACCGUAAAAACCACCACUACUCCUGAUCUGGACACCAAAAGCUCUGAAUCUGAACGAAUUAUUAGCACCAAUACUAACCCUCCAGGCAGCUCCGCUAACAGCAGGAAAUGUAAAGGAAAAGGUGGCCCUGAUAAUAACAAGUUUAGAUAUAGAGGCGUGAGGCAAAGAAGUUGGGGUAAAUGGGUUGCUGAGAUCCGAGAACCUCGAAAACGUACGAGGAAAUGGCUUGGAACUUUCGCCACAGCUGAGGAAGCAGCUCGAGCUUAUGAUCGAGCAGCUAUUAUUCUUUAUGGUUCUAAGGCUCAGCUCAAUCUCCAAUCCUCCGUCUCUUCAUCUUCUUCUUCGUCUUCAUCUUCCCGUGGUGGUUCUUCUUCCACCUUUACUCAAACUUUAAGGCCUUUGCUUCCUCGUCCUUCAGGCUUUGCUUUUAGUUUUGCUUCUUCUUCUUCAAAUCCCACUACUCAUCAUCCAGCUUCUUUAAUGGCUGGGGGGGUUUCUUCGUCAAGGUUUAUGCCAUAUGGGGGUUAUCCAAACCUUUUCAACUCAACAGCAGUUUACCCAAACAUGGUACCAAAUCCCCAGCAAGCUUUGCAAAUAAUGCAACAAACUGAACCUAGCCUUGUCCCUGCUGUCCCCACGGGAACAACGUCGUUUUCAAAUCCUAACCCUCAACAAGUACAGCAUCAUCAUCAUCAGGGUUCUUUGUACGGGGAUAUUAAUUCCCUGGUGGGCUCGGUGGGUUCGAGUUUGUCUUUGUUAUCUCAGACUCCGGUUGCACCAGCGGUUCCGGAUCCAGGUUUAACAGUUGGACCUGGAUCUCCAUCCGUUUGGCCUUUACCAAAUGAUGAUGAAUAUUCCCCAGCUUGUAUUUGGGAUUAUGGCGAUCCUAAUUUCUUUUUUGAUUUUUGA